AUGGCGCCUCCUCAAUCUACCCCUCAUCGGUUCAUCACCCCAAAACCGAAGACCAACGUCAAACAGACCCCGUCCAUCCAAAGCCAUGGCAAUCAGACGCCGUCGACGCAGCAAUUUGCGAUUACUCCUCGCUUCGCCUUUGGUUCAACGUCUGUAACGAGAAAUGAAAUUCUCACGCCGGCUAGAAAUUUCUCGUCUCCGCUUCUCUGUCGCUCGAUCUUACAUACAUGUCCGCGUGAGGAAAUUGAAGAUGCAACAUCCUCUCAGGAGCCGGAUAUCAAUCAUCCAGAGACCUCGCUUCCGAUCCGUUCACCGAGCUCUAAGCGACGUCGACCCAAUCCAUCUCCGGCUGCUGACGCCAUACUGAUCUCUUCCUCCCCUUCCGCCACCUCCUCCUCGUCCGGCAGAACACCACCAAGCACCCCACCGCCUCAGGAAUCUACCACACAUCCCAAGCAGGAUCUUACCACUCAAGCGUUCACUAGCGUCAACAAGCCUCCCUUGGUUGGCUCACACCAACCGCCGCGCGCCCCCAAAUUUCGUAUUCCUCAGCUGACCUCAACCUACCAAGCCGAUGCCCACACUAUUCCGUCUCGUCCCCCACUUCUCUUACCUCCGCGCUCACCUUCGCCUCCCCCAAUGGACCAGUCAGCCUUCUUUUCGCCCUCGCGUCGAGGGCAGCGCUACGUUCAAGGUGGCAUGGCGGAGAGGGUGCGAGGCUGGAUUGUGGAAGCGACGCAACAUGCGCAAGUGGGCAGGAGAGAGGAAUGGAAAUGGAAAGUGAAGAUCAUUGAGAUCAUAAACUCGAGGGGCAAGAAAAAGUUGGAGAAUGUUCCAGAUGACCAAGCAGGGAACAAUGUCGUGCUCGCAAAUGAUACAGAGGGUGGCAGAUGGAUGUUCAUUGAAGGGAGUAGGCCAGGCAUGAAAGUGGAGGUCGAGUCUUUGAUAGGAGUCAAAGAGCCGAGUUGGGAAGUUGAAUUUGGAGAACGGAGAUGGAGGGUUGCGGUCCAGUGGCGUAUGAUUAAGGAAACGGGAGGGAAGGGAGACCGAGGCAGGUCACCAGUCAAUGAACCGGAAUAA